AUGCCCGUCGUCGAAUGCGCCGUCAUCAAGCUCCGUCAGGGCUUCAACGAACUAGACCUGUACGAGCAGCUGAUGGAGGGCCUCGACGCCCAGGACGACUGGGUACGGUGCCACCAGCCUCACCUCCUCCGGGGCAAGAGGUAUCAGCACAAGGUGCGCCACGACCAGGAGAACCUGAGCAGCCUGUACAUGACGCACACGGACCCGGCCUACCUCCUCGUCACCGCACCGUGGGACUCCCCCGAGACUCAUGGGGAGUGGCUCAAGAGCGACGAGAACAAGACCACAUUCUCAGGCUUCUACGAGUGUCACCUCUCACCCGACGCUGACGCCGUCAGCGUGUGCCAUGUCGUGCCCUCUGGUACCGCCACCACGCCUCGCAGUAGCAGCUGCAGCAGCAGGCCGCCGACCUUCAAGAAAGCCUUCCAUGUUGAGAAGAGACUCGUCGACAGGGCGGACAAGGAUGCGGCGCAGCGUGUCCUGGAGGAGCUCAUCGCCGCGGCUAAGGAGGCGGGUGACCAAGUAUGGGCCGGAUGGACCGUCAAGGAUUCCAGCGGGGCCGAACACGACGAAGAGAUAGAGGAACUGAUCAUCUUUUCGGAGAGGGAGUAUGAUUUCGGAAUCGGCCGGACCAAGCAAUCAUUCCUCUUUAACCCAAUCACGGUUCCAAACCCGGUCAUUGUUGGAGGAGGAGAGGAGGAUGACGACGAGGGAAGCAGUUAG